GAGCGAAACUUGCUAAAGCUGAGAAGAAAUUCUUCAUUCUUCGGAUGUCUCCCGCAAUAGGUAAUCACUCAAUAUAAAUGGUUCUCACAAACAUCCUUAUUUGAGUUAUGAGUUUUUACUGGCCAACCUUUUUUUGAAGUAGCUCACUUUCCUAGGUCUAUGCCGGUGGUACCAAUCACCAGAGGUUCAAGAAGCAGUUGAAUUGUAUUUUUAUUUCUGUCCUAUACCUUUUUUCGUAUCACCUAGACAAGUUUUAUUGCUCUAAUCUCUAUCAAUUCUCUUCCUGAACACCUUCCGCAAGCUAAUUAUUUUUCAUAUCCUAAAACUCCGCCUUUUUAUUCCCAUGGUUAAGCGGGCUGGGCAGCGCGGGGAGGGCUGCGUCUCUCUCUUGCAUUUUUAAAUGGAGGUGGAGUCACCCGGAAUAUAUAUAUAUACCGCCCCUGUUGUGCCCUUUCAUCAUCAAACACUUCUCAGCUUUGCCUUCUUCAUCGCCUUCGUUCACACCGUCUUCAUUUUUCAACAAGUUUGAAACGAAACCAUGUUCGUCGGACCACAUCGUUGUUUUUUGAUUUCCCUCAUUGUGUACACCCUUACCGUAACCACUUCAUCAGCUCGAUUAAUUCUCGAAGACACAACAGUUAGGUCAGAAGAGGACUCAGGUCCUUCAUGUCCGGUGUUAGCUGAUGAACCAGUUGGAGAAGUUAUGGAACGAAUUUGUGAUAUGUGCCACGAACUUAGUUCACAUUCAAGACCCAAUAUGAGGGUGGAAUGCAGAGCCGACUGCUUCACAACAGACGCUUUCCGAGAGUGCCUGAAACUCUUCACGCCACGCCGUCAUACCAGGCAUCUUCGUCAGAAGUACUAAAACCCACUGCUCUACCCAACUCCCAAGUGCUCUUCUACACGGUUUUUUCUACAUUUUAUUUUUCUCUUGGAAUCUAGAAUCUCUGAAUCUUAUUUCUCCGGGUUCGUCGCCAUGAUUUCUCCUAACCGUAUUUUGUUGUCUCAGGAUUCUUGCUCACUUUCACUACCUCUAUCGCUUUCAUCUCUUUGUCAAAAAUACGCUUUUUCUUUGGUAUCCGGUGCAAACCACGAUUCCCAGUUGACCUUUUUUGUUUAAAUUUAAAUUCGCUAGGUUUUAGAAAAGUUUUAAAGCUGGGCUAGUUCGUUGUUCUGAAAAAUUUUUCAUAUUUUUUAUCAAUUAGAAUCGUAGGAAAAAUUAGCGCAUUUUAUAAUAAACACUGAAAAGUUUUCUGAGCAAAAUCUAGUCUAUCUUGUUCAAAUUCAUGUUUCCCCCAGUCUACCGGUUAUUAAACUUUCAAUUGUGAUACACGUAAUACAAUGAUCCCUUCCAGUUCAACCCACACACUCCCUCGCAUUGUUCAUUGAAGAUCUCCAUAUUGUCGUCAUCUGUAUAUGAAUGCAUUUUUGAAUAUAUCAAGUUUUGAAUA